AUAGUGCUUGUUUAUUUUUUUUUAAUUUAUUUGAGCAAUAGAAAUUAAUCAAUUGUUGUUUUCUUGAAUUAUAAAUGAAAAUUUAAACUAGAGAAGUAAUAUUAAAUACGAAGAAAAAAAAAUAAAAGAGAGCCUAUAAGAUAUUUUGUACCACAUUCUCUACAGUUGACAGAGUAAAGAAGAUAUAAAAUGGAUCCUGAAUUAAAUCCAACAACAGCUGGCAACUCACUGAUGUAUCAAGCCAUCGAAGAAGACAAAUUGGAAGAUCUUAAAUUGUUAUUAGAAAAUGGAAUGGAUGUAAAUGAACCGAUAAUAACAACUGGAGAAUUUGCUGGAUUCACAGCAUUGCAUGUUGCAUGCAUGAAAAAUAAAGAUCACUUGGUGGAUUUACUAGUUAAUGAUUAUAAAGCAGAUGUCAAUGCAAUGGCUGCUGACGGGACUGAACCCAUUCUUUUGGCUUGUUUUUAUGAACCACUAGGCGAAUUUGAAACCUGGGUUGUAAACCCAAAAGUAGGCAGUAAAAUACCAACAUUGGUAAAAGCUAAUGCAAAUGUUAAUGCCGAAUUUGGACAAGAAAUUUUGUCAAAGCACUUUAAAGACAGAGAAUGGUGUCCCGAUUUUGGUGACAAAAUGCCACUAGCUGUAUAUACUGUUAUUUAUGAUAAACCAUCAUUAACUUAUUACCUUAAAAAAAUAAACUUAGACAUUAUAAGCCUUACAAAUAAAACAUUGCUGAUGUACGCUGCUGAAAAGAAAUGUUAUCAAUAUAUUUUCCACAUUGUGUUAAAUGUAAAAGAUCCUUUAUUGAUGGAUAAGUUGAUAAACCACCGCGAUAAUGAUGAUGUACCGCUAACUCAUUAUCCAUUCCAUCCUAAAAAAUAUGGAAAAUUUCGAUAUCAUGAAACUACGAUGUUUACUUAUGACUCUAUGGGUGAAGAAUUUAUUCCUGAAAUAUUAUCAGACUUGGGGACUGACCUGUACGCACUGAUAAACAAUGAUCCAGCAACAUUUUUGCCCAAUCUAGCAGCUUACAGAGGUUGUCCAUUGAUACUGGAGGAUUCUUUGCCUUAUUAUACUUCUAUGUCCUUAUCUAGGGCUUUGUACUACGCUACGCUUCCUAUAGAUGAAAAUUCUGAGGAUUUAGUACCUGUCAUUCCGGAAGUUGAGCGACUUGAUGCUCUGAUGAUAAUCAGAGCAAAUCGAGAAGAUUGUAUAGACAUUGCUUUAAGAGAUCUGGUCUUUAGGAGUGUAUUCAGAUUACCUGGUCCAGAAGAAGAAAUAAAAUUGAUGGAGAAAUUAGUUGCCAAUGACGAAAAACUCAGAGCGACGGUAAAUGACUUCAAAAGAAAUUUCAUUGAAAAAGAAUUACAGGAGAGUUUUAUUGAAUUCGGCGAUAAAAAAAUGACAAUGUAUGAUUUUUUGAUGCAAGUUUUUGACAAUAAAAAAUUAAAAUUUUUGGCUCGAGAAGAGAAUUCACUGAAUGUCCUACAUAAAGUUUUCUGGGAGCGUUGUGAUGACGAUGAUUUUUAUAAGAGCUAUUAUAAUCCAAUUAAAACCAGGAUAGAAAAUGCUAAGGAAAGGUUAAGACAUCUCGAAAAUUUGAAGAAAAUUUCUUCACUCAGAAAAGCUAUACCGUUACCAUUUGAACUGGUAUUAGAAAUUGUUGAGUAUCUAAACAACAAAUACUUGAACUUAUUUAUAAAAGCAUUUUAUAGUUCGUAACUUUAUAUUGAAACCAGUUUUAGUU